CGGCUCUCUAGCCGCCUCCAGUCUCCUCUCUAUUGCUGACUCGCCGGACUGGGUGACGUUGGACAACAAAGAUGGCGGCGGGAAGCAGCAACUAUUGGGAAGAUCUGAGGAAGCAGGCCAGGCAGCUGGAGAAUGAGCUUGAUCUCAAGUUAGUUUCUUUUAGUAAACUUUGCACAAGCUACAGCCACAGCAACUCCAGAGAGGGAAGACGCGACAGGUAUAGUUCGGACACAACGCCACUCCUAAAUGGAUCAAGUCAAGAUCACAUGUUUGAAACAAUGGCAGUUGAAAUUGAGCAGCUUCUGGCAAAGCUCACCGGGGUGAAUGACAAAAUGGCAGAAUACAGCAGUACAGCUGGUGUGACCUCAAUAAAUGCAGCACUGAUGCACACAUUGCAGAGACACAGGGAUAUCCUGCAGGAUUACACACAUGAAUUCCACAAAACAAAAGCCAAUUUCCAGGCAAUUCGAGAAAGGGAAGAUCUCUUGGGAUCAGUACGGAAGGAUAUUGAAUCUUACAAAACUGGAUCUGGGGUGAACAACAGAAGAACAGAGUUGUUUUUGAAAGAACACGAGCACCUCAGAAGCUCUGACCGUCUAAUAGAAGAAACUAUAAGUAUUGCAAUGGCAACAAAAGAAAACAUGACAUCACAGAGGGGAAUUUUGAAAUCCAUACAGAGCCGAAUGAAUACCUUGGCCAAUCGAUUUCCUGCAGUCAACAGCCUCAUCCAGAGGAUUAACCUGAGGAAGCGCCGGGACUCACUCAUUCUGGGCUCUAUAAUUGGCAUUUGCACUAUCUUGUUGCUGCUCUAUGCUUUCCAUUGACGACUGACAACAGACUCUGCCACAAACCUAAGUGAGCAGCUACAGCAGAAUGAAGAGACCAGUAAAAAGUGCAUUUCUGCACACACCACCUGUACAUAAGGGAACGCGGGGUAUUAAAGGAAUAAUUUACAUUUUAUAUUGGCAAUCUUAAGUACUGGCAGCAUCAACAUGCUAACCAGUAGCUGUACAUACUUGUAUUGGUCUAACCAUUAUGUAUAUCCAUAGUGUAUCUGAUGAAUACCAAUGGCUGAUUGAUGUCUGUAAUUUCAAGCUUGAAAAAAGCACUUUUAGGGAAUGCUAAACCUAGGAUUCAUACCUUUUUUAUGUGACAGUUGCAAAAAAAAAUGAAACCUAGAGACGAAAAGCAUCAGAGAUCUAUCUGAGACCCAAUGUCUUUUUAAUUCCAACAAAGUAAUGGUUUAUUAAUUAUUUUAUGGAGUUACUACAUGUAGCAACGAAGGACAAUAAAAUAGCUUGUUUAGGCAACUGCUUGGUUGGAUGACAAGGCCAUUCUUAGCAUUGGGUAUAUCAAAGUGAUCCGUUAUUUAAACAACAUUGGUGGCAGCAAUUUUGUCUGUCGUGUCUCACUGAAUUGACCUACUGCAGUUUCAUUACCAGACACAAAGAACUGCCUUCACUAUGUGUAGGGGCCAGACAUACUUUUCUUUAAUGCUGUAAAGACCUUUAAAUAUAUAUUUCUGAAUACGAAAUUGUGGCUUGGAUUACUCUUAGGUUUAGCUCUAAUUUUAAUUACAGAAGAUAAUUUUUACUGUAUCUUUAGAAUUUAUGCCUGGCAGACGUUUACAUAAAUGAUACAGUAAAUAUGGUCUAUGUAACAGA